ACCUCUCCCCUCCCUCCCGGCCACAUGGAAGGUGACUGACUUGUAUGCAUGUGUGUCUGUGUUGGUCCUUUGUGCUGCUGCUGCUUUGAUGAUGAUGCUGAUGUGUGCUCUGCUCACAGUGCUCGCUCGACUUGCUUGUGUGUUCUGCGCCACCAUUCUUUUGCAGAGCCUGGCAUGGCCCUGCAGCAAUGGAGAGAGAGGCUUCUCCUACCCCCAGUCUCCAAAGGCCCCCUCCAUUGUCAGCGAGAGGUACAGGACUGCCUACCACUUCCAGCCUCCCAGGAACUGGAUGAACGAUCCAUGUGGACCAAUGUACUACAAUGGCGUCUACCAUGAAUUCUACCAGUAUAACCCCGAUGGCGCCUUUGACCCCAAUGACUCCCUCAUGAACAUGGUUUGGGGCCAUUCGGUUUCAACAGACCUCAUCAACUGGGUCGGUCUUGAACCGGCAAUCAAACCGGAUAUCCCAAGUGACAUAUGCGGUUGUUGGACCGGCUCAGCCACAAUUCUAUUUGGUGUUCAACCGGUCAUCAUAUACACUGGUCUCAUCGACAGGAAGGCGAAUCAGGUCCAAAACAUUGCGCUUCCCAAAAACCGUUCUGAUCCGUACCUGAGGGAAUGGGCCAAAGUAGGCAGUAACCCAGUGAUCCAACAUGUCAUACCAGGCUUGAACUCGAGCCAUUUCAGGGAUCCGACAACCGGUUGGAUUGGACCGGAUGGACUAUGGAGAAUAGCAGUUGGUGCUGAGGUGAACGGCAUCGGUACUGCACUUCUGUACAAGAGUGAAGACUUUAUGAGUUGGACUAGAAUUGAACGCCCGCUGUAUUCAAACAAUGCCCUCAAUAUGUGGGAGUGCCUGGAUUUCUUCGCCGUAGUGCCGGGAAGUAACAAUGGACUGGACAUGUCUUCAGAAAUUCCAAGUGGUGCCAAGCAUGUCCUCAAAGUGAGCAUCAAUUCCUGUGACAUGUACAUAGUUGGGGUGUAUGAUCUCAAACGUGAUGAGUUUGUGCCAGACACCGUCCAAGAUGACAAUCGGCUGUGGACGAGGAUCGAUUAUGGUACUUUCUAUGCUUCAAAAUCAUUCUUUGACUCCAAACACGGCAGGAGAGUCAUAUGGGCUUGGAGUAACGAGACAGAUAGUUAUUCAGAUGAUAUUGCAAAAGGCUGGGCAGGAAUCCAUUCAAUCCCCAGGACAAUUUGGUUAGAUGGCGAUGGCAAGCAGUUGAUCCAAUGGCCAGUUGAAGAGAUUGAGUCCCUUCGAAUAAAUGAAAUCAACCAUCAAGGACUAGAGCUGAAAAAGGGAGAUCUAUUUGAGAUUAAGGGAAUCGACACUAUCCAGGCUGACAUUGAGAUAGAUUUUGAGCCGACGUCCAUCGAUGACGCCGAACCUUUUGAUCCUUCAUGGCUUUUUGACCCCCGGAAGCAGUGCCGGGAGGCGGAUGCAUCGGUUCAUGGUGGCAUAGGGCCAUUUGGACUUGUUAUUCUUGCCUCUGACAACAUGGAGGAGCACACUGCAGUGCAUUUCAGGGUUUACAAAUCAGAGCAAAAGUACAUUAUCCUCAUGUGCUCCGAUCUUAGAAGGUCUUCCCUGAGACCAGGACUGUACACACCAGCCUAUGGAGGCUUCUUUGAAUUUGACCUUGAAAAUGAAAAAAGGAUAUCCCUCAGGACUCUGAUCGAUCGGUCGGCGGUGGAGAGCUUCGGCAGCGGUGGCAGGAUCUGCAUCACGGCCAGAGUUUAUCCGGUGGCGCUUGUCGACAACGGCGCCACCCACAUGUAUGCCUUCAACAAUGGAAGUACCACGGUCGGAGUGCCACAGCUAAGGGCAUGGAGCAUGAAGAGAGCACAAGUGAAUGUGAUGAAGGGUGGAAGUGUGAUCGAUGCUUAGCACAGAAGAGCAAUUCUAGUCAGACGUGUGAUUGAAAGACUGGCCACGCACUUGUUGAUUUCAAUAUUUACCACGUGUAAGAAGGUAAGAGUCAAUCAAGCCAUUCAUUGAUGAGAUCAACGGCUAAGAUCUAUUUUAUACUCUUACCUCUCAUGUGAAAAGAGGGGGUAAGAGGGACCAUGUUAAAACUGCUCUUGAACUUUUGAAGUAGUUGCAAUUGGUAAGUAAGCAUAGUGCUUGUUGCCAACAACGAUUUAAAUUCGUAGAGGUUUGGAAUAAACAAAUAUGAGCUUGUGCAUGCCACAAAGUUCAAGUAAGAAUGUAUGUAUGUAUGUAUGCAACAAUACUGUAGAAACCAGCAGCUUGUCGCCAACGAUCUUUCUUGGCUGUCUCA